AUGACAACACCAAUAGUAAUAAAUGAUAAAGAGUUCAAUUUUGAUGGUAUAUUUCCCAAUUGUAUGCAGGAUUUAAGAAUAUAUAAGAAAAUAAAGGAAGAUGAUUAUAGUGAUAUUUUGAUGAAUCCCUGUUUUAAUAUUUUUAAAGAAUUGGGUGGUCAACAGAUAAAUAGAUAUGACUUUUUACGACACUGUAAAGAACUUAUACUAUAUUUAAACUACAUAAACACUAUAAAAAGUUCCCCCAAUAAAAAACCUAGUUGUGUUUAUUUCAACUAUAUGGUAAAAAAUACACUAAAAUAUUUUAAAAUAAGUGACCAAAAUAGUUACCAUGCUUAUGAUAAAAUAAUUGAUCAUACCAAAAAUACUGUUUUUAACAGUGUUUCCAACGUAUGUAAGAAUGAUUUUAAUGAAAUGGAUGAGAAUAUAUAUUUAACAUUGACAAAGCUGAAUGUACUAUAUGAAUGGAUAUCAGAACCUGGCAUGAAUUGCUCUAAAUCUGAAGAUUGUAAUAAUGUGUACAAGGAACUAUCGGAUAUACGUGAUCGCUCAAAUAACGAAAGUCUUCGUAAAGCGCUAGAGAAUUUUGAAAAUGCAUAUAUGACAUAUUUGCCAUACUUACAAGAAUUACUGAAACUCCGUGCAUCUUUGAAAAAUGAACGUAUCGUUAUGUUAGCAUUCAUCAUUAUACCUGUUACAUUAUUAAUGAUAACAUUCUUUCUAUAUAAGUAUACUCCACAUGGUUCAUUUUUACAACGAUCAGUAAGAAAGUUAAGGAGAAUAUGGAAUAAAAAAAAUAAUGAUUAUCUCAACAUAAAGGAUUCAUUUGUGUUGACAUACAACAGUUUGAUUGAUGAUAAGUAUUAA